AUGCGAGAGGAAGAGGUGGCCGUCAAGAAAUUGAAAGCAUCAGCCCAUGAAAAAGAGUUGAUUGAUUUGGUUAGUGAGAUGGAAACAUUUAAAAUAAUUGGUCAUCACGAAAAUUUGCUUCGAUUGAUUGGAUGUUGCACUGGUACUGGUCCGUUGUAUGUUAUCGUGGAAUUAUGCAAACAUGGAAAUUUGAGGGAUUUUCUGAGAGCUCAUCGCCCUCGAGAUGUAGAUAGUAGUUCGCAGGUUCCUGAAGCUACAAAUCUUGGCGUUGGUGUUGGAGGUAGCACCGAUCAUUAUUUAGAACCACGAAAAUUGCAAAGGAAAUUAACCGUUGCAUCAACACAUGAACAGCCAAUGCUUAUCAAGCAUUUAACACAACGACAUCUUGUACAGUUUGCUUGGCAAGUGGCAAAAGGAAUGGAAUUCAUGGCGAGUCGGAAGAUAAUUCAUCGUGAUUUGGCUGCGAGAAAUGUUCUAGUCGCGGAUGGUUUUGUAAUGAAAAUAUCAGAUUUUGGUCUAUCUCGAGAUGUUCAUUACAAUGAUUAUUAUCGAAAGAAGGGAAAUGGUCGAUUACCGAUUAAAUGGAUGGCAUUAGAAGCGCUAGAUUCUCAUGUGUACACGAUCUACAGUGAUGUCUGGUCAUUUGGAAUAUUACUUUGGGAAAUAAUGACCCUUGGUGGCACGCCUUAUCCAUCGAUUGCAAUGCAACAGUUGUACUCAUGUCUGAAAGAGGGAUAUCGAAUGGAAUCACCAGAUAAUUGUCCUGAGGAGGUUUACGAUGUUAUGGUUGCCUGUUGGCAGGAAAAACCAGAAAAUCGUCCAAGUUUCGACACCUUGGUUGAUUACUUCGACUGGAUGCUUACCCAAUCAGCUCGUGAUCACGAGAAUUAUCUGGAAGUGCAGUCGAUAGCGAGUGAUGGAAGUGAUGAAGUCAGAAAUAUCGCGCCGCCGCCACCUCCACCAUUACGUACAGCGGAAAGUCCAUCAAGGCACAGAAAAGCACGACCAUUAUCGGAACCUGUUAUAAGUCCGAGUGAACCUGUAGCUGAUCCAGACUCGGAUUCUGAAUUUGAUAAUGAUUCCCAUCCUUUGUUAUCUGGCGAAAAAGCUGUUUUGUAUGAGAAACAAAGUCGAUCCGGUGUACAUCAUGCAUUUAUUAGAAGAUGUCCUGCAUUUCCAGUAGUUGAUACGUCGCCUUUCAAUGAACUUAGCUUGAAUAGCACGGCGACAGUCUCGAUCGAUAGUGCAAUCGGUUCACCUUUAUGGUCAGCUGGAGCAACAUCAGCACUGUUAGAUUCAGAUGCCAAUGAGAGGGGUGAUUCACCGACGUCCUAUAAGAAAUGUCGAUUAAGUAAUGGGCCAUGCACCUAUUCUGAAACUGAAAAAAAAAACGAAAUCAUAGGAGAAAAAAAUGGCACAGAAAACGUUACAUGUAACAAUGAUUUACAGAAUCCACAAUAUGUAAAUGUUGAGGGUGCACAGGCAGCUUCUACUGAAAAGGGUAAAUUACGAGGCACAAAAUUUCCUUUCCCACCACUAAGGCAUACUCGUUUUUCUGACUCAACUGCCUAUGAAUCGGAUUCAAUUCAUAUGGACAAUAUGAGGAAGUCAGCACUUGAAGGAUCCGCAUCUGCCUUCACUGUCAAUCAAGCAAGCACUCUAUUAACGAAGGUGGAUAAAAAAAACCCGAAUGAAACCUCAGUAUCAAAGUCAAACAGCAAUAACCAACAACGAAGAUUUUCGAUCGAAUCAAAUUCAAGUGGGCGCGGUGGUUCCUCGGGGAUGUCUAGUGCAGAAGGCCUGGGUGGUGUUGCCGAAUUUUGCCAUAUUGAGUGUAAUGACGGAAAAAUGACCCCUUAUGAAUUGUAUUCGCAACAACAACAACAACAACAACCGGAAAGGAAAAUUCCAAUGCCUAUUUUAGAAGUUGAAAAAUAA